GUUUAUUACUGAUUCUGCUACAUAAUGAUGAAACUGGUUUCUGACAUUUAAUUUAAUGAAUAGUGUAUGAAUUAUAAAGUAUCUUGUUUAACCUGUUCUCAGUAAUAAACACAACAAACAACUUUUCAUAAUAUUGUACUUGGAUCUGUAUAUCAAUUGAAUUAUUUUGAGCAUUAUGUCGGGCGUAGAAGAACCACUGCAGAAUCUUUCAAUAAAUAACGACAGCAAUAUAGAAAAUUCUAUAAAGUUAGUCCCAUGUAGCUUUCAAUUCUAUUCAUUCUCCGAGAGUUUUCAUGAUUGCAUAUGUCAUUAUCAUGUUAUUCAAAUGAGUAACAGUCUAUUCAUUUAUAUUGGAAACAAUAAAGAAAUGACAAAUAUUGCUUUAUCGAUGUUAACGAUGCAUUCAAAGGCCCCUGUUAGCACUGUUUUGUUUGGUGAGACUACAGAUAACAUUUCUCUUGGAAUCGCUAACAGAUUAUCGAAGCGACUGUCUAAACAAGUAUUUGUUAGUUAUAAUUUAGGACAGAAUAAAAUUCUCAUAGCGAGUAUUGAGAAAAGGUUACUCGAAGAAAUUAAUAAACACCCAACUAAGUUUUAA